AUGUCAUCCUUUUCGUCGGAAAGCUCGUCUAGGUCCUCGUUGGGUGACGAGUCACAUAGCUCCAGCGACUCUGAAUCUUCGGAAACGCCUCAGCGGAUCGAUCUAGGAAAGACUAAGCUCCUUAAUUUACGCUAUAGAAACUACGUCCUAAAGGAUGCUACAAACGCCGAGCUCAUGGAAGAGCCGCCGUCUCCCAAGAAUGUAGAUGAGCAGAAAAUCUUUGAUCACAUUACCCAAAGCGCUGAGCCUGCUCGCAAGCGUAUCCUUAUGCUCUCCAACAUGCUGGCAGCUGAAUCCAUACCCUAUGGAUUUGUUGACUCCUUCCAAUUAUCGAUGCGCCGUUCAUUUCUUUGCCCCCUUUGCAAGACUAUUUUGCUGCAUCCAUACACCUUUACCAGGUGUGGCCAUAGCCUUUGCCUUCCGUGUCUUAAGCUCCACGAGGUCCGCAGUGGGCGAUUGAGCCUUUCAUUUGAUGUAUUCUCCCACACAUCGCCCGUGCUGGAGAGCAUAUGCAUUCAUGAUAAGUGCAGCCACUUCGGUCCACAGUCCAUAUUUCCGAACUUAGCUCUGGAAUCGUCCAUAAUGGUUUUCCUAGCAAAUAAUCCUUCAGAUGUUCAAGGGGCUGAUCCGGAGGAGUCUCAGAGUCAGCAAACGUCCGAGCUUACAUGUACAAAGUCUGAGAGUACCCUGUCUUACUCGCUUGAUAUAUACUCCCAUAUCACUACAGGGCUACAAAAGAACGGUAUAAAGAUAGACCCUGGGGUGAUCACGUUUCCAGAUUUGCUAACCUUCCUCGAUAAUGCAAUCCAUCAAAAAGACGAAGCCUAUAUCUGCGUUGUUUGUAAGCGUCAUAAAGAAGAAUUCACUUUUCCAAAUAAUAGUGCCGAUGUAAGACUAAUAAGAUACUUACCAGAAUGGAGUCCAAAAGAGGUAAAAACUAUUGUUGGCGACCUAACAGCCUUGUACGGAAAUCAAGUGGAAUGCGAGAUAUAUAAGCAGAUAAAGGGAGAGACAUAUAUUGAGGACGGGUGGGAAGAACUGCUCGGUACACUUCAAGCCCAAUAUUCGGCCUCGUUUUAUCCGUACGUCGGAGCAGACUCGUUCGUCAGUGAGGGAAUGCUUUGCUGUUAUCGCUGUUUGAAGAUUAUUGUAGAGGCAAUGUGUACAUUCUAUAGAAGCACAGCAACCAUUGGGUUAACAAAUCGCAAUAUUAAGCCUAGAAAAAGAUGUCUUUGUGGUACUGGGUGCAGGCUGCAAUAUAUAAGUGAAACUCACAUGCAGGACUACGAGCAUUCUGGUAUAGGGUGCCGCGGCGACCAAUCGAUGACAAUCUUCGGAAGCAACGAGUGA